GGGGCAGGCCGUGGGGCCAGCUUCUCGGGUCCAAUGGCGCCGCCAUCGGCUCCGCUCCCCGCACCGGGGCCAGGAGAGGCCCGGCCUAGUCGGAGAAGGGGAAGGAGGCCGAGGGCCUUGAAGUUCGCGGACGUGGCCGUGUACUUCUCCCCGGAGGAGUGGGGGUGUCUGCGGCCCACGCAGAGGGCCCUGUACCGGGACGUGAUGCGCGAGACUUACGGCCUCCUGGGCGCGCUCGGGUGUGCAGGUCCCAAGCCAUCCCUCAUCUCCUGGUUGGAGCGAAAUACCGAGAAUUGGGAACCGGCUGCUCUAGAUCCACAGGAGUACCGGAAAGGGGUAACAGUCCAGAGAAAGACCAGAAGGAAGAAUGGGGAGAAGGACGUACUACCACCUAAGGAGGCACCCCGGAAGGGGAAACGAGGGCGGAGGCCCAGCAAACCUCGACUAGUCCCCAGGCAGACGUCUGGGGGUCCCAUUUGCCCCGACUGUGGCUGCACUUUCCCCGAUAGCCACGCCCUGGAGAGCCACAAGUGUGCCCAGAACUUGAAGAAGCCUUACCCGUGCCCCGAUUGCGGGCGCCGCUUUUCCUACCCAUCCCUGCUGGUCAGCCACCGGCGGGCUCACUCCGGUGAAUGUCCCUACGUUUGUGACCAGUGUGGCAAACGUUUCUCCCAGCGCAAGAACCUCUCCCAACACCAGGUCAUCCAUACCGGCGAGAAACCCUACCACUGCCCUGACUGCGGCCGCUGCUUCCGCAGGAGCCGCUCCCUGGCCAAUCACCGGACCACGCACACGGGCGAGAAGCCGCACCAGUGCCCCAGCUGCGGCCGUCGCUUCGCCUACCCGUCCCUGUUGGCCAUCCACCAGCGCACGCACACGGGCGAGAAGCCCUACACCUGCCCGGAGUGCAGCCGCCGCUUCCGCCAGCGCACGGCCCUGGUCAUCCACCAGCGCAUCCACACCGGCGAGAAGCCCUACCCGUGCCCGGACUGUGAGCGCCGCUUCUCCUCGUCCUCGCGCCUGGUCAGCCACCGGCGCGUGCACUCGGGCGAGCGGCCCUACGCCUGCGAGCACUGCCAGGCGCGCUUCUCCCAGCGCAGCACGCUGCUGCAGCACCAGCUCCUGCACACCGGGGAGAAGCCCUACCCCUGCCCCGACUGCGGCCGUGCCUUCCGCCGGAGCGGCUCGCUCGCCAUCCACCGCAGCACGCACACGGAGGAGAAGCUGCACGCCUGCGAGGACUGCGGCCGCCGCUUCGCCUACCCCUCGCUGCUGGCCAGCCACCGGCGCGUGCACUCGGGCGAGCGGCCCUACGCCUGUGACCUUUGCUCCAAGCGCUUCGCCCAGUGGAGCCACCUGGCCCAGCACCAGCUCCUGCACACCGGGGAGAAGCCUUUCCCCUGCCUCGAGUGUGGGCGAUGCUUCCGCCAGAGGUGGUCUCUGGCGGUUCAUAAAUGUAGCCCCAAGGUCCCAAAUCGGAGCCCUAGAUCCGCCGUGGGGGGCCCCAGCCAGAAAGGCGGCGCCCUUUAGGAUGGAAAGGAUGAUCGGCUGGUUCACUUCAUUUUCGCAGAAGAGUCCCGGAAAAGGCAGGCAGCGCUCUAGGCCAUACAGGGCAGAGUCAGAACUAAAACCCAGGUCUCCUAGCCUCCACAUCGGGACUUUAGUAUAUUCCACUACACCGGCUGCCUUACUAAACCUACAACAGUCCCAUUCGGAGAUGGGACAUUAUUGGGUUAGUUUCUUAAGUAAUUUGUGUAACUGGUACUGGGUUAAAAGUUGCCCCAUCUAUUUCAGGGCUGCUUUUCUAGUUUGCAGACAGUUAAGCUCUGUCCCCUUGCAUGCAGUCAGGAGUGGAAGCUGCUCCUUACUGUCUCCAUACCAAACUGAAAAACUUGGUCUAGCCCACUUUCUACAACACUCCUGCCAAGUGAUCUAUUGCUUGCUUGUACACCUUCUUUGACAGGGAGCUCACUACCUCACAAGGCAGGUCAUCUCAUUGUGGGAUCAUGCUGAUCUUUAGAAGGUGAAGUACAUGUCCUGCUCUAUACACCUGGCCUAUAUGAUGUUUCAUACUUCAUCUACAUGGCAGCUCUUAAGAUAACCACAACUACUUUGCCUCUAGGUUGCCAGGUUAAAUUGCAAUAAUUCAUUUCCUUUGGAGAAUGGGAUCUCACCAAGGAUGGUCUCUAACUCCUGAACUCAAGAUAUCCUCCUGCAUAGCUGGGACUGCAGGUCUGUGUCACUAUAUUAGGUUAAUCACUCCCUAAAGAUGGUUUCAAGCUGGGUGCUAGUGGCUCACACCUGUAAUCCUAACUAUUCAGGAGGCUGAGAUCUGAGGAUUUCAGUUCAACUCCAGGCUGGGAAGGAAAAGCCCUUAAGACUCUUACCGCCAAAUAACGGCCAAUAAAACCGGAAGUAGAGUUGUGGCUGAAGUGGUAGAACACUAGCCUUGAGCAGAAAAGCUCAGGGACAGUGUCCAGGCCCUUAGUUCAAGCUCCAGGACUCACAGAUGGUUUCAGUUCCACGCUUCAUCUGCCUCAGAAUAGGCCUUAAAAAAAAAAGUUGCUUUAAUGUCAUAUAAAAGUAAAAAAGACAGCAUACCUUGUGCACUGUACACCUUCUUGGUCUGCACUGAUUUUUAGCAACUCCAGGCUGUACUGGUUUAGGGGGAACUGCAAAUCAGAGGUCUCGUGGCUGACAGACAUCUAACUGCCCUGACCUUUUAAAUGUGAUAAAGCUAAAUCUUCUCCACCUUGUUUCUGGAAAACUGGCUCAAAUUGGGCAUGAAACAUAAGCACAGUAAACUCUGGGAGAAGUGUGGUGUUAUGGGGGACCUAUGGUCUAGCUGCAAGAGGUAAAAAUGGGACUGGAUUACUAUACUUCAUCUGGUGGACUUGGAAUAAAUCUAGGUAGCUAAUUGGAAGAUUCUUGACAAAUGGAUCUUACUCUUCUCUUCCAUGAGGCCUCAGUCAGCAUUUUUUCCCCCAUAAAGUGAGAUCAUUAAGGAAGGUAGAGAGUCAGGUAAUUGAAUACAAAGGAGAGUUUCAUAAAACUGUCCACGCCUCCCUCUCUCCCUCCCUCCUUGACCUCCAGUGGGGCCAGGAAGCAGUCUCUUACUCUUUGUAAUAUGCCUCCUAAAUAAAGCUUUAUGAUUCAGUGUGAACAUAGCCGACCCCUUUAUCUUGGGCAGCUGCAUCAAAUUGGAAUUUCCAAACAUGACUCAUAUUCCAACAGCUGGAAUGGGUCAUUAUUCUACUCUUCUUUGCUUCUUCCUGCAGCUCUCCUGAUCUCAUCCUCAGAGAGGGAGACUGACUAGAGAACAUAGCAUUUUGUAAUUGCCUCUGUUCAGGUGUUCAGCAGGUUGUCAUUGGAACUGUUUGUUUCUCCUUGGAUGAUAACUGCUUUCCCGGAAGGGGUAAUCCACAUUGGGUGUCAUUAAA